AGGAAGUCGGAACACGCCUGUGGUGAUGGCGCAGCAGGCGGGACGGCGCUACAUAAGGGCUUUUAUUAGUGGCUUCUUUGUCGCCGUCCCCGUCACAGUCACCGCUCUGGAUCGACUGGCCUAUGUCGCCAGGGUUGAAGGGGCAUCGAUGCAGCCCUUCCUGAAUCCAGAUGGUGCGUCAGAGUGUGAUGUGGUUCUCCUAAACCGCUGGAGUGUCAGGAACUAUGAGAUCCAAAGGGGUGACAUCGUCUCCAUCGUGUCUCCCAGGAAUCCCAAGCAGAAGAUCAUCAAGCGUGUCAUUGGUCUGGAGGGAGACUUUAUCAGGACUUUAAGCUACAAGAACCGAUAUGUGCGUGUGCCUGACGGUCACUUCUGGAUUGAGGGGGAUCACCACGGGCACAGUCUGGACAGCAACAGCUUUGGGCCGGUGUCCGUCGGUCUGCUGCACGGUCGAGCUUCUCACAUCAUCUGGCCGCCGCGCCGGUGGCAGCGGAUAGACCCGGUCAUGCCGCCCAACCGGGGCCCGCUCAACCCCGAAGAAGAUGAGGACUGAAAACUUUGAUUCUGUGAAUCUCACGAGUCCUGACUUGUCACUGUGAAAGCAUUUUCACCCAAACCAGCAACAGUUUGAAUCCAGUCCAAUAACGCACAGGAUUGUUUCCUUCAUUUUGUCUGAGAAAGUUGAUCAUUUCAUUUCAUGGGAUUGUUAUUGGGACUCCAGAACCGUCGGUGUCAGACCUGUCAAAUCAAGCAGAACCAAGUCACUUGGUCCUCAGAAGACCUGUUUAAUUGAGUUCACCCAUUGCCAUCAAUAAAGUCCUCAGAGUGUGUGUUCA